GGAUGGAAAUACUAGACAUUGUUAUUGUAUUUGAUGUAAUGUGUUAUGUAUCACUUUCUAAACUUAGAAAUAUGAUGUGUCGUUAUCUUAUCUAGGUGCAAUCUUUAUAACCCAGGCUAUUUACCGUCUACCAGUAUAUACUUAAUGUGUACCGUGGGUUCCGACGGAGAUCAAGGUUUAUGAAAAGAUGUCUAGUGGUCAGCGACGAGUUGCUUUGGUAACAGGGUCCACCAGCGGAAUUGGACUAGCAAUUUCACGUCGGUUUGCCUUAUCUGGUCAUGACGUCAUUAUUACUGGAAUUGCAGAACAAGAGGCUAUAGACAAAAUUCUCGACGAAUUUAAAAAUUAUAAGGUUCGCUGUUCAUACGUGGGAGGAGAUUUUACAAAAGAGGAAGACAUGAUGAAAUUGUGUAAAGAUAUAACUGCUAUAUAUCCAGAAGGAAUUGAUAUACUUAUAAACAAUGCAGGUUUUCAGCAUGUAUGUAGUAUAGACGAAUAUCCUAUAGACAUUUGGAAUAAAAUGGUGGCUGUUCACCUCACAGCAUCGUUCUUAUUGAUAAAAUAUUUCGUACCUUACAUGAAAAAGAAAGGAUGGGGUAGAAUAGUUAAUACAUCCUCCCAGAUGGGGUUAAUAAGUACACCAGGAAAAACACCAUACAGUGCUGUAAAAGCUGCUCUUAUAGGUCUAGCAAAGGGUACAGCUUUAGAGACAGCUGAAUAUGGUAUAACAUGUAAUGCAAUAUGUCCUGGUUAUGUGGAAACAGACCUUGUAACUAAACAAAUUCAUGUGAUGGCGGAAAAAGAGGAGAAGUCUUUUGAGCAGAAAAGGAACGAAUUUUUUGGAAGUGUCCAUCCAAGUAAGAAGCCAGUAACUGUUGAACAGGUAUCUGGACUUGUUCUCUAUCUAUGCAGUGACGACGCAGCCAGCACAACUGGUUCUGCAAUAAGUAUUGAUGGAGGUUAUACAGCGCAAUGAGGAGUUCAAAGUUUAACAUUUAGAUGCUCGGCCUAGCUUAAGUUUGUUUCAUUUUCAAUUCUACAUGACUAUCAUGCAUUAAACUUUGGAAUGAC